AGCUCCUCUGUAGUCCUGUGAGAGACGCCGUGAUGACCAGAAAAAAGAAGGCUGGCGAGAGCAAAAAAGACAGCCCUCCUCCUCUUCCUGCUGGUGCUGGUGCUGCUGCUUCUGCAACUCGGAGCCACCAGGAGCAAAAGCCACAAGGAUCUUCGUCUCUGCCAAAAGCUAUCGAUCCAGCGCCCGCAGAGCCAUCAACUUCAGCGCUCAUUAUCUGCCGUAACAAGCACUGGCGAUACAUCUCGUCCUUUCAUGGUCCGUGGCUCCAGCUGCCUCCUGAGAUCCUCGAGAGCCUGGCGUACAGCAACUAUGCCUCUCCGCAGCCACAGCCAAUCGACCCGGGCGUGUUCUUCGACCUCAUCAAGAUCCGCCGAUUGAUUGAGGAAGCUACUGAUCUCGCUGUUCGUGCAGCUAAUGGAACGAUCUCUCCGCCUGGGAGCACAUCUUUCAACUCUGGAUACGGUCUAUUCGGUGGCAAUGGAGGGAGUUCUCUGGGUGGCUCCGGAAUGAGGGGGGGCAGAGGAGAUGGCACGAAACUGAGCCGAGAACGACGCCAUCGUAUGCGAGAACAUGCUACGCAGAAGCUAUCCAAGGCGUAUGCUCUUGACGAGAUUGCAGCCAGUGUUGCAACGAUGCAAUCUGCCUCGGCGUUGGAGGAGGUCGCGAAGCUGGUCCUGCAGCGGAACGAGAACGACUACGAUGCGAAGUACGUCCAUUUCUUUCACGAGAAGAUUCCGUCCCGUUCCUUGGUGCAGUGCACCAGUCUGCAGCCAUUGGACGAUAUUAUUGCUGUACGACAGCUGGAUGGAGCUACUUACCGGACGAGAGCGGUGGCGAAGAUGCUGAAGGAUGACCUGGUGGGCGCAGCAAGGGAUCUUACAGAUGGACUUGCAGCUUGCCGCACCUGCGGCAGACAGCACGAAGACGCGAAAAAGGACAUAGAGGUGGUGACGGAAAGCAGCAGGCGGAAAUCCAUGCCGUCCCGAUACAACACGAAAAUAGAUGACAAAGACCAGCCACGCGGGCUGGAGGCACAGCUACUCUUCCACAGAGCCGGCGUAUACAUGAGCAUUGCAUGCCAACACAUCCAUGAAGCAUUGAGCGCCUAUGAAAAAUCCAAGGAGGCUCGGGAGUCGGCCGAUAAUGACGGCGAUGAACCCAAUGCGACCGAGGACGGCAACGGUCCCAAGGACAAACAGGCUCAUCGACGCUGGCUGGAGGCAAGGAAGAUCGUCAAGACAAACGCUCGACGGGCUCUUCGUGAUUAUCUCACUUUUCUGUCGUUGAUCAACUAUACCCCAGGGCCUAUACUUUCUACCCUGCCCGACGGCACUCCCGCCACGCUGUACAAGAUUUACCCGGUGUCUGAUCUCUUCUCAUCGACGCCUCCUACGAACCUUCCACCCUACCCGGAGGAAUCGGAUGCAUUGACCCUUGCAAACCGAAACAAUUCCUCCGGCCAAAAGGCCAGAAACCCAGACGUCUGCUACGAAGCUGUGACCUAUCAUCCCUUACUUACCGAUGCCCUUCACUCGCUCUUGAUAUGCCACUCGCUGCUCCAGACACCGGAAAAGGAGUUCGUUCGCCAUGUUCACAUGGUAGCUCGAGUCGCACGCAUCUGCGACGGGUACCCCAUCUUCCUUGCGCCCCGGUCCCCUUCCCGUUCGGACUGGAUGGAAAUUCUCCACCGCACGGAUAACUGGCUCAAGAUCAAACCAUGGGAAGUCCUCUGCGCCCCCGCACCGCUUCCAGGCCAUAACCUGUACAAAAAAGCCAUGGCUGCCGAGCCAACCCCUUCGGCAGCCGCGCAGCCUGGCGGACUUCCAGAACUUUCACCGAAAGGUCUUAGCCACGAGGUGCUGGCGCAUACCACCCAGAUGAGCAGUGCCGUGUUUAAAAGAUGGGCUCAGGAUGAUGCGAAGGACUUCCCCUUCUGUAACGAGCGUGCAGAGGCUGUCUCAUGGUGGAUUCGUAUGGCUCCCAUCUCUGCGGGCACCGGACGCAAGGGGAAGAAGAAUGCUGGUAGUAAGAAGAAGAGGCCGACAGAAAACGGGGCACAUGAAAACGGGCAGCCAAAGGGACCUGUGGAAGGGGAAGAAGUCGACGUCUCUGUUCAAGAUCUGGCCCUUGAUUAG